AAAAAUAAAAAAAAAUAAAAAACUUGUCAACAUGCAAAGAAAGUCAUUAUGGGGAUCUUACAAGGCCUUAAGUCCCAAAACACGGGUAACCUUGGGCGUAGGUGGUAUGAUUUUCGCUACAGCUGGUAUGUACCUGGCUGAUUUAAUCGAACAACAAAAACCUGCGACUGAAAUCGAAAAGUUACAGCUUGAAAUGCUGUCUCCUAUCGUCGUUGUCGACCAUCAAUCCAAGAAAUAAAUUUAAUAAUAAUGUUUAACUUUAAAAUAAAAAAGUGUAAUUCUAAACUA